AGCCCCCCUCCCCGGAGCCGAGUACCCGCGGGCCCUCUCCCGCCCUCAGCCCAGCAACACCGCAGCCGCGCCGGCCGGCCUGCCUCCCCCAGCUCAGCCCUCCCCGAGCCCCCCCAGCCAUGAACCUCUUCCGAUUCCUGGGAGACCUCUCCCACCUCCUAGCCAUCAUCUUGCUAUUGCUCAAAAUCUGGAAGUCCAGAUCGUGUGCGGGGAUUUCGGGGAAGAGCCAGGUCCUGUUUGCUGUGGUGUUCACCGCCCGCUACCUGGACCUGUUCACCAACUACAUCUCCCUGUACAACACCUGCAUGAAGGUGGUCUACAUAGCUUGUUCCUUCACGACGGUCUGGAUGAUCUACAGCAAGUUCAAAGCCACUUACGAUGGGAACCAUGACACGUUCCGGGUGGAAUUCCUCGUUGUUCCCACAGCCAUCCUGGCGUUCCUGGUCAACCAUGACUUCACCCCUCUGGAGAUCCUCUGGACCUUCUCCAUCUACCUGGAGUCGGUGGCCAUCCUGCCACAGCUCUUCAUGGUGAGCAAGACAGGCGAGGCAGAGACCAUCACCAGCCAUUACCUGUUUGCGCUGGGAGUCUACCGCACACUCUAUCUCUUCAACUGGAUCUGGCGCUACCACUUUGAGGGCUUCUUCGACCUCAUUGCCAUCGUAGCAGGCCUAGUCCAGACGGUCCUCUACUGCGACUUCUUCUACCUCUACAUUACCAAAGUCCUGAAGGGGAAGAAGCUGAGUUUGCCAGCAUAGUCCUGGCCUCACAGCCCUCUCUGCGGCAGGGCAGGAAACAGGUGAAGGCUGCCGAAGACCAAGAGCCUUCCAGUCCAGGGAUGACUUUUUAAAGAGCCCACCUCUCCCCGCUCCCCACCCUCUCCUGCUGGGUUUCGGGGGCGGUGGACUCGUGUCUUGGGGAGCUCAGGACCUGAGCUGUUUGUAGUUUUAUGCCUUUUAGAGAAAAAAGAAAACACAAAAAUCUUUCCACUAUUUAGUUUUUGAUUCCUGAUGACUCCUCUCUUCUACUCUGGCUCUGAUUUUUAUAAACUGCUUUUUGAGUGUGCUCUGGGUUGGGGCCAGCUGGUCUUCUCCCUUCCCCAAGCCUCCCUGGCUCCCUCCCAGAUCCCAUUGCAGCCCCCUGGUUGCCAAACACUGUCUGGGCCUGCCAACCUCCCACCAAGGCUGUGAUCAUGGGUCUCUACCCACAGUUCCCAAUUAGGGGUGAAAAGGAAGGCUAAGAAAGGCUUUGUGAUUUUUCAAAAAAGUUCCAAAAUUUGUUUGUUUUUUUUUUUUUUUUUGUCUUAUCCUAGGUUUUGACAAUAUAGGGGGAGCUCUGGGCUAGGGUGUGGAACGGGGGCUGGUCUGAGGGUCACCAUGCUCUGAUACCAAGUUUUUGUACAGAAUUUGAUGGUUGAUUCUUUGUUCUCUUGAAAUAAACAGAGGAAAAUGUC